GAUUUUGGGGGCUUAAUGGGCUUAAAAUGGCCGAUGUUAAAGGCCUAUUAGCCCAAUAAAUAAAUUUAAAGCCUAACUUUGGGUUAUAAAGUUUUAAAAACCCUCGUUCCCGAGACUUUUCUUCUGGUUCUCACUGUUCUCGAAACUUCUUCUCUCCCCCAAUUGGAACGACCAAAAAGUUGCAAAAGCAGACCAACUCACUUUUCACAGUUCCAAGAUGGCGAGCACUGAGCCAGAGCGUGAGAACCGCGAAGAGGAAACCGAAGUCCACGAAGAUGAAGACACCGGAGCUCAGGUCGCUCCGAUCGUUAGGCUUGAAGAGGUUGCUGUCUCCACAGGCGAAGAAAAUGAAGACGCUGUUCUCGAUCUGAAAUCGAAGAUGUAUCGAUUCGAUAAAGAAGGGAACCAAUGGAAGGAGAGAGGAGCUGGAACUGUUAAGUUGUUGAAGCAUAAGCAGACUGGAAAAGUUCGGCUUGUUAUGAGACAGUCUAAAACCCUAAAGAUCUGUGCCAAUCACCUCAUUUCGUCUGGGAUGACUGUUCAGGAACAUAGUGGUAAUGAAAAGUCGUGUUUAUGGCACGCUACUGAUUUUUCCGAUGGCGAGUUGAAGGAUGAGCUUUUCUGCAUCAGGUUCGCAUCUAUUGAGAAUUGCAAAACGUUUAUGGAGAAGUUCACUGAGAUAGCUGAAAGCCAGCAGCAAGUAGGAAAAGAGAGCACAGAGGGCGAUGAAGCUGCUGGUUUAAUAGAGAAUCUCACGGUUGAAGAAAAGAAAAGCGAGGAGAAAGCCAAGGAAGCAGAAGAAAAAAGCCCUGCAAAGGAAGAGAAAGAUACAAAGAAGGAAGAAGAGAAGAAAACGGAGGUGAGCACUUGAGUUAAAAGUGGUUGUUGUUGGGAUCACAAGUGCUUUGCGUCUGUUUUAUAUAAUAUAUAUAUAUAUACUUGGCACUGAGAGCAUGAUGGUAGCUUCAAAAAGGAGUCAUUCUCCAUUUGUCAUCUCUCAAAGUUUUUUUGAGUCUUUGCCCUGUGUUACAGAAUGAGAACCUAUUUUCUUGUUUUUUUACGUUGUUGUAAGUGUUUGACUAUAAUGUGGUCUCUUUACUUAAGAUAAUAGUAUUUCUCAUCGGAUUAUUUCAUAAA